AUGGUUCGCGUCGUGGCUACGCCGUACGGACUCGGUGCUCUCGAAGCAGACGCGGCGUCGACCGACGCCGUGCGAACUACUGUCAUGCUGCCGUGGGGCCGCAGCUACAUGCGUACUAGCGACGUGGCGCCGCGCCACCUCUUCCGCGCCACAUGCCUCACGUCCAAGGUGCGCCACUUUGACGUGGAGGUCGCGCUGGACUGCUCGCUUAACGACCUCCGGGCUUGCAUCAUCGAGGCGCUCGGCGAGCCCCUCUUUCCUGAGACCAUUUCGGUGCUGCAGCCUACUGUCGGUGGCCGGCAUAGGUUGACGGAUGGCAGCCCGUGUAUCUUUCGAUCGCUGCAGCCGCUGCUUGUGGUCAUUGCGCCACUACUGCAGCUCGGCAAGAUGGCGCUGGCACUGCAUUUGGACAUGCGACCCUACGACACCAGUACGCUCGAGCCACGCAAGAGCAUUCCCGCGUUCGAGACGCUUCAUGAUGUAUCGCCCCGGCUCACGCUGCCAUCCAUCGUGCAGGUUGCCCGUGGCGCGUGCGCAGUGGUCGCCAAAGACGCUCUGCGCUCCGGCGUCGUCUACUGGGAAGUGCGUCUCGACGAAACCGUGGGCGGCGACGGACUGUUUAUCGGCAUUGGCACGACCGACAUGCCGCUGAAUACAAGUGUGACGAGCACGGGCUUGUUUUAUGGCCUCGCCGUCGCCUCGGGCCAGAAAGUGCACAUGACCCCUGAGGCGUACGGCCCGAAAUGCGCCAACGGCGAUGUGCUCGGCGUCGAGUUUGACGUGGACCGGGGGACGCUGGGCUUUUACCGCAACCGCGUGUUUCUCGGCAUCGCCUUUCGCAAUGUCUUUGGCAAGACGCUGUGUGCGGCCUUUGGCACCUCGGGCGUCGGCCUUCGGUUCACGAUCCUUCCGCGGCGCACACCGCCGUCUCUACUAUAG